AUGACAACUUUGCUACGGAGAGUGGUAAAUUUAUUGCAAUUAGAUUUGCCAAACACUAGGAUCAAAUUACUUUUCCUUGGAGCAGAGCUCAACCUUUAAGUAACAAAUAUGUUGAAGGCUAUUAAAAAAUUGGUAACUUAUAGUGUAUUUAGUCUAUCUUUUGACUUUUCUUUUGUUCUUAUGACAAAUUUCUCUCAAAGAGGAAUUAUCUAACUAGAUAAUAAGCUCCUUCUUUAACUAAAUCAAUCAACGAUUUUUGUCAUACAAUUUGCUUUUAAUACAAUAUCGAAGCAGAAAUAUGAGGAUUAUAUCUACAAAUUGAAUUUAUCACUUUAAAGACAAAGCGUGCCUCAACUACAGCUUUUGUCUUGUGUAUUGUUUUUAAUUUAAAAAUGGAAACUUCAUCUUUUUAAUUCAAGUCAAUUUGUUUUAAUGCCCUAACCUUCAAGAUUAUAGGUUUAGUAUUUCAAAUUGUUUUUAUAGUAGCAAGGCAUAUUAACAUGGAUUCAUGUACAACUGAAUAGUUUUCUAAUUCUUACAUGA